UAAAAGUGUCAGUGGAAGCAGUGGUUAAAGAUGAAUAACUACUUCACUAAUCUUAUUUCACUGAUAUCAAAUUUGAAGGGAGGGACAGAUUUGUCAGCCUAUGUUCAAGCGGAUCAGGACUCUGCUGCGAAGAUAAAUUACAUCACGAUUUAUAAUCCAGAGUUAGUUGAUGAUAAAGAAGAAUCAAAUGAGCAGUUGCAGAACCAAGUCUUAUGCUUUUUAACCCCACAGGCCCAAGGGGUUUUGGAAGACAAUGACACUAUUCUCCAGGAACAUUUGAAUAUAAUUGGAUUGUUGAGAGGGAUCAAUUCGUUAGCUCACGCAUUCAAUGAAUCACACAAUGAUGAAACCAGUAUAAUUAAGAGUUCCAAUUCAACAACUAUUACUAAGGUUUUACAAGAUAAGUAUUACCUUGCGUGUUCAGUUUCAAUCCCCUCACAUAUUGAAGGUAAAGCAGAUUCUAUCAUUAAUCAAUUAUUAAAAAUACUCGAGAAAGCAAAUAGGUACUUUUUCAUGCUAAAUUCGUCAUUCAGUAAACUUUCAAGAUUUUUGGAUUUGAAAGAUAUGAAAGUGAUCUUGCUGACUUAUUGGCAAGAAUUCUUGGAUGCUUAUAAUUCAGAAAUAUUUAAAUUCCCACCUGAUUUAAAAUGGACCAAUAGUCUCAAUUACGGAGGCUUUCUAGGAAUGAUUACCGAUCCAAAGGGUUCAUUUAAUGAUCCUACAUUCAAAAAGUCUUCUAUUAAUCUAAGUUAUGCUGCAAUAAAUGAAAUAAAGGAAACUUUACAUAGAAAAAUUUACCUGGACAGGCUGGAAGCAACUCCGAGGGGCUUCUUAAUUUCCUACUUCGAUAAACAGCUUCCCAAAAAGUAUGGUUUAAUUCAUGGUGACAAUUUUGAUGAUGAAUAUUCAGAGGAAUACAGUGAAAGUAUUAUAGAUAGAGCCUCCCUUUCGGACAUUUAUACCUGGUUGGAAUAUCAUGAUUAUCAUGAUAAUUUGGAUUCAAAUAAACUAACAACCAACAGAAGUAGUGGGAAAUUUUUUUCAUCAUCUGAUUCCAUUAAGAAGAAAAUAUCAACACCUAUAACGACGUCAAGCUCAAAUACUCCAUCAAAUCAAUCCGAUUACGGACUCAAAAUUAGUCCUACUGCUGCGUUAGAAUUGUUGAACCCAAUAAGUCUAACGAAUAAUUUGGUCAUUCUGCCACUAAAUUAUACAAUGAAUAGUGUUAUAAAUUUAGGUGGAAAUGCAAUGAGAACAGAACAGCCGACAAAUAGUCAACUGCAACAGCCACCCCAAGACUCAAACAGAAAUAGCUGGUUAUCAGUGUCGAGUUAUUUAAAUCCAUUUAGUUAUAGCUCAGCCCAAAAUAAUGAAGAUGAAAGUCAAGCUCCUGAUACGAUUUCCGAGUUGAGUGAAUCAGAAAAUGACCAUGGUGAAUAUUUAAUUGGACUUAGAAGUGACGAAUCUGGAAAUAAGUUUAUAUUCACCCGACCAGUGUAUUUAAGCACGAAGGUAUUUAAAGAAGAUAAAAUCAUUGUUGAAGAAAGAGAGUAUCUGUUAGUUGUUUAUUCAAAAGAUAAUAUCUACGUGACAUUAAUUUAUGAUUCUUCCUAUGAUGGAUUACAUGAGUACGAUUUUUAUAAAGCUUUGAAAGAAAUGAUUCUUAAUCCAAUUACUGAUACAAUUACUAAUUUUUUAUUAGGUGGAAGCAUUUUGGGAAACAGUAUUGGAUCGUUCAAUACAAUGUUUAAUCAAAAAGAAUCUCCUGAACCUGAUAAUGAUUUUUUCUAUGUAAUUUACAACAAUAAAGAUUAUUCAAUUCAGUCAUCAUUACCAUUUUUACCUAUUCCUGCAAUUUUUGAACAACAAGAAAACGAUAAUGAACAACAAGAACAACAAAAACAGCCACAAGAGGAAGAAAAAGACCAACAGAUUAAUAAAGUUGUUUUAAGAUACCAAAACGCUAUAUUUCAUUUACAUGAUCAAUUAAUCGAUUUAUUCAUCACUAGAAAUAAUGGAGAAUUUUUCAAUGAUGAAAAUUCAUCAUAA